AUGAGCACACCACAUGUCUGCUUUGCGGACGAACUGCAGCCAUCGGCGGAGCCGGAGGAGCGCAAUGGCAACUACAACAACAACAAUGCAGCUGGAAGUUGCACCAAAAAAUGGCUGCUGGAACUGGAGCCCACCACAUCAGGCUCAUCCCUGGGCGGUCACUCGCCCUGCAGCAGUUUGAGCAUCUCGCCAACGCCUCGAUAUGAACGCAAUAUGGGCUUCUUUCAGCAGCUGAGCCGACGCUUUGGCCUGAGGUCAAGUGAUGACCUAGUUCAGGUUGGGCAGGGCAGCCUUCCAGCCGCCUGCCAGCAGGAGGAGGAUGCAAAUAGUUCAUCGACCGAUUCGUAUUCAUCGUCGGUGACAGCGGGACGUGGUUUGGCAGCGGCACGUCUGGAUUUAAUGUCCUGUGCCUCGAGUGAAACCAGCAGCACCAUAGACAUUGAAGAGCAGCAACUUGAGCAGCAGCAGCAGCAGUUGCAGCUGCAAGAGAAACAUCAACAGCAACAGCAACAACAACUGCAACAUGGCAAACGUAAAUCGUUGAGCCGCACGAGCUUUUCACGAUUGCAUCGCCGGUCAACUUCAUCGCUGCGACGCGCCUUCGAGAGUCUCUCGCUGACCUCACGCUCGCUCUCCUGCAGCGGUCCCUCACCACCACCACCAGCACCAGCACCACCACAAUCAGCAGCACCACUUAACCAGGCAACUGGCACAUCGUUGCCAUUGAAAUCGGCACUGAAAUCGGCAUCGACAGUCGAGCUGCAUCAACGACAUAGAUUGGCCUCCAAAUCAAGCAGCAGCUGCAGCGCCUGCUCCACAUCAACCUGCUCCUCAACGACCUCCACUUCGAACACCACAACAACAACAACAACAACAACAACAACAAAGAGCAAAUCAAAGCCGCCACCACAACGCAUUCUACGUCAGCCCGUCUCCUAUACAUAUCUUAAGGGCAUGUCCGGUCUGCCGACUCAACGUGUGCCUCGCAGCUCCGUUUGUUGUCAAUACGCCAGACGCUAG